AUGUUUUUAAAAUUAUAUUAUGCUCAUUUUUAUUAUCUAUCUGUUGUAGUAGCCGGUGAAAGCAAAUUUCAAAGUAGAUCAGAUGAUUUUGAAGAAUCUCUACCCCUUAUAUUUCCACAAAUAUUUAUACAACCCUUUGUAAAUAAUUCCAAAAUCUCACCGCAAAAGUAUUAUAACUUCACUAAACAAACAUCUAAAACAAAUGCCCCUUACGGUUACUUGAAAGGAUAUUCCCUAAAAAUACCAAAACUUAAACUUUUUGAAAAAGGACCAUCCCCGGACAUGAAAUUAAUAGAACAAGAAGCAAGAACCAAAAGAGGUGAAGAUUUACAUUUGAAGCUAUUAUUUCAAAUUAAAUUAUAUACCAUAGGUGUGCCUCAUCUUUAUAACAUGAUAAGUUGUGCUACUGGCUGUAAUCCUCUCAAAUACAAAGGCUAUGGAUGUUUCUGUGGACUUUUUGGUUCGGGAAUUCCUGUAGACGGAAUAGACAGAUGCUGCAAAUCCCAUGAUUUUUGUUACGAAAUUGCAAAUUGUCCAAUGCUUCUCGAAUAUUUCAUACCGUAUUACUGGAAAUGUUGGUACAAUAGGCCAUAUUGUGCCGUAGAUCAUGGUGAAUAUGGAAGAUCGGGUUCUUGUGCCGACAUGUUGUGCCAAUGCGACCGAGCCCUUGCAGAAUGCUUACAGAGAUAUUCGUGCCCUUCACGAUCGCAAAGGGCUUUUUGUAAAUCUUCGCCGUUUAGUAGGUACCUAAACAUGCCUCAAUCGAGUACCCAAAAACUAAGAGUCCUCGCUCUGCACGGUUACACGCAAAGUGCAGGAAAAUUCAGAGAAAAACUCCCUUUGCAAAGGAAGUUCAAGAAGCUGGCCGAUUUUGUAUUUAUAACAGCCCCAUUUGCCACUCCUUUAAUAGACCACGACAUCCCAGAUACGCUUUUAAAUGGAAACCAAAUUGAACCUCGGGAACCCAAUUUACAAAAACAUCCAAUCACAGAUGCUAAUGGAGCUUUUGAAAUAGAAGAAGAACCAGUCCAACCAGAAGAUUACCCCACUAAUGACACUGACUCUUUUGCAUGGUACUUAAGAAGACCUAAUAAAACCAACACUGGGCAUUAUUAUAGAGGUAUCAGAGAAUGUAUUAGCUUUUUAGAAAAAGUAUUUGAGGAACAAGGACCAUUUGAUGUAACAAAAAAUAUAAAAUUUGAUUUUGCCAUUGUGGCGGGUGGAUUUAAAUUCCCAAUUGAUAAUUUCUAUGACGAAAAAUUACAUGUUUCUUCAUUGCACAUUUACGGAGAAACUGAUCAAAGAGUAGUGCCAGAACGCAGUGAACUUGUAGCCAGCUUUUUUGAAAACCCCACUGUAGUGUCACAUGCUGGGGGUCAUUUUGUACCUUGUAAUGCCUCUCAAAAGUUGCAAUAUGAACCAUUUUUUAUUGAGCAAUGGAACAAAAAAUUUGGAGGAGAAUCAAUUAAAAACUAAUGCAAUAAUAAAUUAUUUAUUCAACA